AUACUGUAAAGCCUUGACCUGCUUCUAUAAAGUGCCUUGACAUAACUUACGUUAUGAUUUGGUGCCAUAUAAUUAAAAUUGAAGUGAAGUGAGCUGGUCCUACAGCCCCACUCGAGGCUUACCUGUGGCCUCACCAGGACGCUUGGAGUACUUUCUGAGAUCUUGGACAGAUGUCGACCUCUGGCGUCAAAACUUCGCCAAGAAGUUUUCCCCUGUUAACUUGACGCGCCUGCCACGUAGCUCUAACUUCCUGAAGAACCAGCGACUUCCCAGCAGCAUCUUCAGUUGUUUAACACGCUCUCUGCUCAUGGUUAGUCCAGUUUUCCUCCCGGAGGUCUCGGAAGCGACAAGACCUAGGUUCACCGCGGACUGAGGAGCCCUCAGACCUCAGACUGCUGCAUCUGUGUGUCCCGUCACAGCGGCCUCCGCCUCCCGGUUCCUGUCCGGACAGAUGGUCUAUGGUUGCACGACGAUGUCCAGUCCUGCAGUCUGACUGGGAUUUGUUCAUAACGCGACAGAAGCAAUGGGUUGUUCCAUUCUGCUGUUGGCCAGCUUGGUGUCCACCCUGGGAGGUCUGGUCUUUGGUUAUGAGCUUGGCAUCAUCUCUGGUGCCUUGUUGCAGCUGAAGGUGGAGUUCAGGCUCUCAUGUGUCCAGCAGGAGGCUCUGGUUAGUUCUUUGUUGAUUGGAGCUCUACUGGCCUCCACUGUGGGAGGCUGCCUGAUUGACCGACAUGGCCGCAGGAUCGCCAUCCUCCUCAGCAACAUCCUGAUCCUGACCGGCAGCCUGGUCCUGCUCAUCAGUUCCUACCCUGCACUGGUGGUGGGCAGAGUCACAGUGGGCUUCGCCAUGUGUAUAUCUUCUAUGUCCUGCUGCAUCUUUGUGUCUGAGAUGGUUUCCCCGGAUCACAGGGGCUUUCUGGUGACACUGUAUGAAGCUGGGAUCACUGUUGGCAUCCUGGCAGCUUAUGCCAUCAACUAUUUCCUGUCUGAAACCAGGGGAGGGUGGAGAUGGAUGUUUGGAUUUGCUGUGGUUCCGACUUUGGUUCAGCUGGUCUCUAUCUGGUUUCUUCCAUCCAGCACUAAGGACUCUGUAAGCCAUGCCUGCUGUCAGGCUGAGAGAUACCUUAUGAGUCACACUGAAACCCCAGAGGAAGAGGACUCCACCUGGGAAACCAAGAAGGUUCAGUAUAACAGCUGCUCGCUGUUCCAGUGUAAAGACAACAUGAGGACUCGGACUGUCAUCGGACUGGGACUGGUGCUGUUUCAACAGUUCACAGGUCAGCCGAAUGUCCUUUUCUACGCCUCCACCAUCUUCCACUCAGUGGGUUUUCAGAGUGACGCCUCAGCGGUGCUGGCCUCUGUGGGCCUUGGGCUGGUCAAAGUGAUUGCCACUCUAACCUCCAUGGUGUUUUCAGACAGGCUGGGCAGGAGGCCUCUGCUCAUCAGUGGAUGCACUGUUAUGGCUGUGUGUCUGAUGACCAUUGGAAUGCUCAGUGGACAGUCAGUGAUGAACACUCAGAGGCCGUGUGAUUCUGAGUUCAGUGUUAACAUGACAGACCUGCCUCAUUUACCUGCUGGUCACAGGCCAGUUGUUGACACGCCUCUUGAUGAGAGCUUCAGGCUUCUUAAUACCAACACACAAGAUGAAAAUGUUGUAUUUGAUAAAUCUGGACCAAAACCACUGGAACCUGCUCCAGAGUCUUCGAGCAUCAUUGUGAACUGGAUCAUUCUGCUGUGUAUGAUGGCUGUGGUCAGUGCGUACUCCAUCGGAUUUGGACCAAGUUCGUAUAAUUUCCUGUCUGAAACCAGGGGAGGGUGGAGAUGGAUGUUUGGAUUUGCUGUGGUUCCGACUUUGGUUCAGCUGGUCUCUAUCUGGUUUCUUCCAUCCAGCACUAAGGACUCUGUAAGCCAUGCCUGCUGUCAGGCUGAGAGAUACCUUAUGAGUCCCACUGAAACCCCAGAGGAAGAGGACUCCACCUGGGAAACCAAGAAGGUUCAGUAUAACGGCUGCUCGCUGUUCCAGUGUAAAGACAACAUGAGGACUCGGACUGUCAUCGGACUGGGACUGGUGCUGUUUCAACAGUUCACAGGUCAGCCGAAUGUCCUUUUCUACGCCUCCACCAUCUUCCACUCAGUGGGUUUUCAGAGUGACGCCUCAGCGGUGCUGGCCUCUGUGGGCCUUGGGCUGGUCAAAGUGAUUGCCACUCUAACCUCCAUGGUGUUUUCAGACAGGCUGGGCAGGAGGCCUCUGCUCAUCAGUGGAUGCACUGUUAUGGCUGUGUGUCUGAUGACCAUUGGAAUGCUCAGUGGACAGUCAGUGAUGAACACUCAGAGGCCGUGUGAUUCUGAGUUCAGUGUUAACAUGACAGACCUGCCUCAUUUACCUGCUGGUCACAGGCCAGUUGUUGACACGCCUCUUGAUGAGAGCUUCAGGCUUCUUAAUACCAACACACAAGAUGAAAAUGUUGUAUUUGAUAAAUCUGGACCAAAACCACUGGAACCUGCUCCAGAGUCUUCGAGCAUCAUUGUGAACUGGAUCAUUCUGCUGUGUAUGAUGGCUGUGGUCAGUGCGUACUCCAUCGGAUUUGGACCAAUGACCUGGAUUCUUCUGAGUGAAAUAUUUCCAGCUGCUGUCAGAGGAAGAGCCUUCGCUUUCACCAGCUGCUUCAACUGGGCUGCCAACCUGUUGAUCACAUGCACUUUCCUCAAUGUUAUUGAUAGGAUCGGUUUGUCAAAGGUGUUUUUCCUGUACGGGGUGACCGCUGUGGCAGCUGGGAUCUUCUUCUACUUCCUGCUGCCAGAGACCAAAGGGAAGACUCUGGAGCAGAUAGACCAGGAGCUGCGUUUGAACAGGUUUCACCAUGGUGAGCAGUGCUGUGGCUGCAUUAGCCGCAGACAGACCUCCCCACAGUACCAGCAAGUGCACUGUCAGGUGAGCCCCUCAGGGUGAACAGAGACAUCACUACACAUACUGAGGACUCUGCAGGAACAAAGAGGUCCAUCCCACUCUGACAGCUGAUGACUGAAACACUGAAACUUGUGUGUGUAUCUUUAUGAAACUUGUUGAUAAAGUGUGUUUUCUUCAUGUGUUUUGAUCAGAUCAAAGUGACACUGUUUUUAGGAUUUAAACAUUUUUUACAACAUGAUCUUAUUUUCAUACUUGGACCAAUGUGUCUGAUAUUUCUGUUUAUUUGGCAGCAUUGGUCCACAUAGCUUCAUACUGUAGGUCCAGGGUUUGUCCUGAUCAAUCUGCAGUCUAAACAACCAAUCCUCCAACCUGAACAACCGUACAAGUUGUUUUUCAACCCUCUGAUUCGACCCACAUGAAUGUCUCCUGAAAAAGCACCCCCACAUUGACAAGUAUACUUGCCUUCAUCACCAAGUUUGGUCAAGUUUUAGGAAAAGAUGGUGAUUUGGGUUAAAAUAAGUACUUCCUCAACAUUAGAUGAUCUUUGUUGUCAUGGUUACAAUAAAAACAACGUUGUUACUUUUGUUGGACAGUCAUGGAUAAGAGAAACGACAUAAACAGCUACUUUCACUUGGGAAUCAAACACCCAUCUCUUGUGUCAUAUUCAUCCAUCCACCACAACCUACUCCUGACAUGGACUUUGUCUCUCUUUAUACUACAUCUCCUGUCAUGAUUACUAUGACCACUAGAUGUCGCCUAGCAAUAAAACGUACCUAUGGGUAAUAAUAACCUGCUGCACAGACGACCUAUGGGCUCGCUUUGUACAGGAGGACAGUAACAUAUGUACCAUGUGACCACCUCAUGCUGUGGUUUCUUGCCACUCUGAUCUGUCAACUAUCAGAGAUGAAAAUCUUAGAAACAUAACUUCAGAUGUGAAAAAUGUGGAUUAGAUUUUACAGGUAAAACUGUACCUGUGUAUCUUUACUGGGUUUUUCUUCAGGUAUUUGCAGUCCUUUAGGUUGUGUUAUCUUGAUUCAGUUGAUCUCUGAUCUCUACUACAGAGGAACAUACCAGGACAAGAUUGAGUCUAAACAAAACAUUUAUUAACUGUUAACACAAGAUAAAUAAAACCAGUAAUAAUCAACUAAAAAUGCAUAGUGGAGCAAAGGAACAAUGUUCACCAGCAGCUGAUAAAAGUGUAGUAAUGAGCUCAUCAGUAAACUGAAACCUGUAGUUUCAAAGGUAGAGAUACUCAUACAUGUUUUUAUUUCUUCACAAAACACUCCUCUGCCCUGAAUCACCUGUUAGUAAUCCAGAUUGCUGCAGCUGUACUUCUAAUAGAUCAAAUAGAUGGUCUCAUUCCACGUCCAUAUUCACUUCCCUUCAUGGGCUUCCUGUUACGUUCACUCAGCCCUGAAGCUAAACCCACUGUCCCACUCACCUCUUUAAAGACAUUUGAGGCUUCAGCUCCACACUGAUGAGAGCGCUACCUGCUGAUUCUGUGGACUCAUCUAAAAAGCAGCUACAGAUGAAUCUAUUAAAAAUCCCCUUUAGGUGAUCUGUGCACACUAGGUGUGUUCCUUAUGUGUUUGUUGGGACUCAGUCAUUCAAUAGACCAAAUGUUUCUUUGCUCCACUGGACAAAGGAAUUCACACCCCACAGUUCCUCACGGUUCACACCUGGGGAUGACCCUUCCCCCCCACGGACCCCACUGGCCAGCCAGUGUGGGCCAGCGUGUGACAUGUGACCCCCUAAGGUGUCACCAAACAAAACCAGUCUUCUAGACCCCUUCUCUCUCUCUUCCCUUCUUGGCUUGCUCUGGAGAGCAGCUCCAGCCCUCUCCUCUCGGUUCUUCAAAGGGCAACAAGGCCCCAGCCCAGGUCAGCUCUGCUACCUGAGAAACCAGCUCUCCCUCGCCGGCCUGCUCACAGCAGCCUGCAACCACUCUUCUCCUCAACAACAGCGACCUGCUUCGGAUUAACUGUGAGUGAACCAAAUCCUCUUCAGAAUCAGCAGCUACGACACAAGGCUAGCUGAUUUUCCAAGCAACAGGAGUCGUAGCACAGUUAGCUUGGAACAGCUAACUCUGUGAGGAGGACAAAGGAGAUAACGGCAAGCAACACAGCCAGACAGGACUUUACUCCACCAGGAAACCCCCCAACUCACUGGACUUUACAAAACACUGGAAAGGAUCUCUUUGCUUGUUCCAAGGAUUGGGUAACGUUAACGGACUGGGCCUAACCUCUCCCAGCACAGCAUAGCUAAUCAGCAGAAGUCUUAACUUGUUAAUGUACUUGUUGAUUGAUGUCUUGUUGUUGUAAUGUUUGCUUAGGUCGUGGUCAGUCAUACAGUUAAUCGAGUACUCGUAUGUUCACACACAUAGCAGUACGUCUCAGUCCUAGAACCUGCAUGAAGCUAACCUUCCCCCUCUAACCUGGUACCAUUAGAUUACAUGAGCUAGGCUAACAAAGAAACUCACACCCUCCCUCUCACACACACUAGGUGGUCUCAGCGGCCAUUUUAGUAGUUUCUUUGUUUACCGCCAUCUUUGUAGUCUUCUUUGUUCAGGUCAUGUGGUCACAGUGACCACUUUGAGUCGGCCAUCUUGCCUUUGUCUGUGUCCCCACAGACACACACACACACACACACACACACACACACACCUGUAUAUGCUAGAUUAGACAUUGUACUUUACUCUGCUCCAUUGUAAAUAAAUGCCUUUUAAGUAUAACUACUGGUGUCUUUAAUGUUGCACAAGCGUGAAUAUUGCCAACCUCUACUCGGUAGAAUUCCAAUCCUUCAACUGUAACUUACUAUUGAUUUGGUAAUUUGGUAAUAGUUAGUAAGCUAAUGGUUAAUCAGAGUUCCAGAUUAAUGGUAAUAAAUUGAGACUAAAACCAUAUUGGCUAUUUUGCCUAUUAGUUUAGGCUGGUGCCCCGUGAACUUUAAUUCAUUUUAAAGAUAUUAUUUAAUAUUAAUAUUUUUAAUAUUAAUAUUUCCUUAAUUUGUGAUAGCCAAUAAAUUGAUAAACAACCGAAAUCUAACACAUUUGGUGUCCAGCUCAUGAGGUAGAGUACUGUUAACAUAAUGGUGCCGCCCGUGUGAGGCCGAGUACUAAUGAUUUCCAGUUACUAAUAGAGCUCAGACCCAACAUGUUUUACUGGAUUUUGGAUUUCAUUAUAUUUUAUUGUAUUGUAUUCCUCUGUGUGUGUUCUCUAUGUUUUUUGCACUUUGACUGAUUAUUAUUAUUAUUUACCUGUUCAAGUAAACAACCUUUGAAGCACUUUGUGGCUCAUGUCUGUGUAAAAUGGUGUCUAUAAAUAAAGUUUACUUACUGAGAGGUCUAAAGUUUAAGAAUAAAAUAGAGAUAUUACUGUCCACAUCAACCCAGUAUUGUAUGUAUUAGGUCAUCAUGUAGAGAUCAUGUGAAGAAACAAUCCUAAUCAUAUGAAGGGAGAUUAUACAGUAGGUCUUUAAACAUAAAUAAAAAGACGACUGUUGUUUAUAGGAUCCCGAUUAGAACCUGUUCAUAGAUGGUAUGGUCUGAUUUUUCGAUUUUGGCCUCAUACUUUAGAUUUCACUACCUGAUCAUUCUGCAGGACAUAAACUCUUUCAUAAAAACAUGUUGAGUGAUAUUAACUGGUCAUAUGGAGCUUCACGUUAUGUCAACAAUGUGACCGAGUGUUAUCGGAAGAGAGGAAGGGUGUGUGUGUGUGUGUGUGUAUGUGAAACUUUAUUCAUGCGCUUAUUUACAAUAUAUCCUUCGUCUGACUUUAAUAAUUAUAAAUAAUUUCGUGUUUCUAUUAUCUUGUGAUCAUAUUGUCUUCUUUUCACCUUGUUGAGUAUUGUCACACCGCGGUGAGGUCAAGUUGGGUUUUUGUCCUGUCUCCAUGUUUUGUCUUGUCAUUUCCUGUUUUAUUUUGAAAAAGUAACUCUCCUCUCGUUUCAGGUCACUUGCUCUUCCUCACGUGUCACCGGUCUGAUUGUCUUCCCUGAUUCACGAUUGUGUCCACCUGUUCCCCAUUACCCUCAUGUGUUCAAAUAGUCAGCGUCUCCCUUUGUCUUGUGCCAGUGUGUUCGUCUUCGUGCAUGUGCAUUCACCCCAGCCUUUUUCACAGUUUGGACCAAAGUCAUUGUCACAGAUUUUGACGGUUUCCUCGAAGAGAGAGAUUUUUUGUUGUAAGUUUUACAUCUUAGUUUAGUCUCCAUAGUUAAUGCUUGCAUAGCCUUUUGUUUCCUUCGUGUGGAGUGAUUAUUAUUUACUUUUUUAUAUAAUAGUGCCUCCAGUUUUCAGGAGAGUUUUUGUUGAUUCUAUUUCAUCUUUUUGUUACUUAUUUUUCCUCUGUAGCGAGAGUGAUUUUCUGUUAACGUUUUAUGUAGUCUUUUCCUCCCUUAUUGGAGCGAUUAUUAUUUUGGUAAUUUGUUAAACCACGCUUCUUCUUUAAGAAGCGCGUCAGAGGUAAUAUUUCAUAGCCUGCGUUUAUUUCUCUGUCUUAGAGUUUAGAACCUGAAUUUCCCAAUAAAGACUCUGAUACCCUG